CUAAUAUUUAAAACGAAUUGGAGUGAUUCAAUACAAAGUAAGUAUGUUUUAGCCGUACUUUUCAACAAGUGCAUCAAUUGUGCGUAUCAGGUCUUAAGUAACUAAACACAAGUGCUUUUACUUGCAUUUCAUUUCAAAGAAAUGCUUACAGAUGAUGAUAUUUUGGCAGUGCUAGAGGCCUCAGACGCCCCCGAUUUUAGCAGCGAUGAUGAAGAACGAGACAAAAAUUAUGAGCCAUCGGACAGCACCGACAGUGAAGGCGAGGAAGAAGCAGAUAUUGAAGGAAACGUAGGUGAAGUGCUUCCUGAGUUAGGUCACGAAGAAAAUAUUGAACCGAGUUCAAGUCGUCGUCCGAUUUGGAGAAGGAAACCUUUUUGCCAACCAAUUAUCGAUAUGCCUGUUGCAGAGGAAGUUGACUAUGCAGUAGAUACGCCGACACCUCUAGAAUAAUGCUAAAUAUUUUGAUAACGUAUUUUUCGAAAAUGCGGUUAAUUGCACUAAUAGAUACGAAUUUGCGAAUGCAGGUGGCAUGUUAAAAACAACCACUAAGGAAAUCAAAAACUUUUUUGGAAUACACAUUGCAAUGGGUUGCAUUCACUUUCCUAGAAUUCGAAUGUAUUGGCAGAACAAAUUUAAAAUUCCACUGGUAGCGGAAACAAUGACUCGCGACAGAUUUUUUAAGUUAAGAGAAACAUUCCACGUCGUUUUUCCAAGCGACGUUCCUGAAACCCAAAGAAGACUCAAUAUUUUUUGGAGAGUGCAACCAAUUAUUGAUGCAGUGCGGAAUGCCUGUUUGAAAAUUUCAAGAAAAAGGGGGGGAGCAUAUUCCAUAGACGAACAAAUGAUACCCUUUACUGGUCGUUGUCCAGUUCGUCAAAGCUUGCCUAACAAACCAAGAGGCGUUGGAUUGAAAAACGAAGUAUUGACUACAUCAGAUGGACUUGUUCUCGAUUUCGAGAUUUAUCAGGGCAAGACAACACCUCUACCAGAGGAAAAUAUUGGAAUCGGUCCCGCAUUUGUUUUGCGUCUGACACAAACCUUACCAGAAGGGUCAAAAGUAUUUUUUGACAGAUACUUUACUACUUUGCCGCUGUUAGAAAAGCUUCUGGAAAAUGGAAUUUACGGAACUGGAACAAUUAUGCGAAACCGCAUAAAAUGUGUCAGUUUGACUAACGACAAAAAAAUGAAAAGAGGAGACAUGGAGGAAUUUGUGAUCCAAAUGACAAAGUUGUCGUUGUACAAUGGAAGCACUCAAAGUCAGUUUUGCUGGCCUCAACCGCAUUUGGCUGCAGUCCAGUGGAUGACGUUCGUCGUUGGUGCAAAAAAGAAAAAAAAUUCAUCCAAGUUGCUCGUCCAAAUAUAGUCCAGCACUACAAUAAGUCAAUGGGUGGUGUGGACAUUUGCGACCAACAAAUGGAAGCGUACCGAACAUUUUUUAAAACCCGAAAGUGGACACUAAAAGUAAUUAUUCAUUUCAUUGACUUAGCGUGUUGCAAUGCUUGGAUGGAGUAUCGUAAUUUUUGUCGGGAAAUUAGAAUGCCACCAAAGGCUAUACACGAUUUGCUAAGUUUUCGGCUUGCGCUAGCAGAAGCUUUGGUAGCAGAUCAAACCAACACGAGCGUGGAGUGGUGCUCUGGAUCAGAAUCAGGCGACGUUGAUUUAACUCCACCUUCAGAACGAUACCGUCCAGCAGACCAACCAUGCCCUGAAAAGCGGCUAGAUGGUAUCAAUCACUGGCCAGAAGAAUCUGACCUAAAAUCAGCCCGUAUGUGCCGUCGAAAAGAGUGUAAGUCACGUACGCGCACGCGUUGCACCAAGUGCGAUGUAUAUUUAUGCUUUAGUAAGAAAAAGAAUUGUUUCACUAUUUAUCACACGAAAAAAUAAAUAAAAAGUUUAAAUAGUUAG